AUGGGCCUGCUCUUGUAUACAUUAGAGCUCUUCUCCUCUUUCAAGUUCAAGUUAUGGCUUUCCACCAUCAUAGACAUGCUGGAAGGAGCCUUCUAUGGUCUGGAUCUCCUGAAGCUGCAUUCUGUCACCACCAAACUGGUUGGACGGAUGGAUAAACUGGAGGAGGAAGUUUCCAAAAACCUCACCAAGGAAAAUGAGCAAAUCAAAGAAGACAUGGAAGAAAUCCGAACGGAGAUGAACAAGCGGGGGAAAGAGAACUGCUCUAAGAGCCUCCUGGACAGCAUGCCGGACGUCCGCUCGGCCUUGCAGAGGGACGCGGCGGCCGCCUACACCCACCCCGAGUAUGAGGAGCGGUUUCUGCAGGAAGAAACCGUGUCCCAGCAGAUCAACUCCAUCGAGCUCCUGCAGACGCGGCCCCUGGCCCCGCCCGAGGUGGUGAGGCCACAGCGGCCCCUACAGAGGCAGGUGCCCCUGCGGGGCCGGCCGGCCUCCAAGCCCACCGUCAUCCGGGGCAUCACCUACUACAAGGCCAAGGUCCCAGAGGAGGAGAACAACAUCGAAGAGCAGCAAGACGAGUUUUUCAGUGGGGACAACGGAGUGGAUCUGCUGAUUGAAGAUCAGCUUCUGAGACACAACGACCUGCUGACCAGCGCCCCCCGGAGGCCGGUGGCCACCCACCAGGGCACCACCGGCACGACCCACACGCAGACCUCGGCCCCGGCCUCGCCCUCAGAUCCCAGCUCCCCCGACCCCACCCUGUCCCCCUCAGCGACGCGGUUCCCAGACCCGCUCCAGACCUCCUCCGUGAUUCCAGGUCCCACGACGGGGGCAGGCCUGGAACCUUCCACUCAGGCACCAGCCACCACCGUGGCCCACACAGCCACCCAGCAGCCUCCGGCCUCGGCCUCCAUGCCAGGGGCCUCUGGGGACGCAUUUACCGAGGCUCCACCCACGGCCCUGGUGCCUCCCACCACAGUCAGGACGGACCCGCUGGGGAGAGACGCCGCCACGGGGCAGGGCGGGGCCUCCGCCAGCCCCACCCUGAGCCCGGAGGAGGAGGAUGACAUCCGGAAUGUCAUAGGAAGGUGCAAGGACACCCUGUCCACCAUCACGGGGCCGAUCACCCAGAACACGUACGGGCGGAACGAAGGGGCCUGGAUGAAAGACCCCCUGGCCAAGGAUGAGCGGAUUUAUGUCACCAACUAUUACUAUGGCAACACACUGGUGGAGUUCCGGAACUUGGAGAACUUCAAACAGGGUCGCUGGAGCAACUCCUACAAGCUGCCCUACAGCUGGAUCGGCACGGGUCACGUGGUAUACGGCGGCGCCUUCUACUACAACCGCGCCUUCACCCGCAACAUCAUCAAGUACGACCUGAAGCAGCGCUUCGUGGCCGCCUGGGCCAUGCUCCACGACGUGGCCUACGAGGAGGCCACGCCCUGGCGGUGGCAGGGCCACUCGGACGUGGACUUCGCCGUGGACGAGAACGGCCUGUGGCUCAUCUACCCGGCCCUGGACGAGGAGGGCUUCAGCCAGGAGGUGAUCGUGCUGAGCAAGCUCAACGCCGCGGACCUGAGCACGCAGAAGGAGACCACGUGGCGCACGGGGCUGCGGCGGCACUUGUACGGCAACUGCUUCGUCAUCUGCGGGGUGCUGUACGCCGUGGACAGCCACAACCAGCGCAACGCCAACAUCUCCUACGCCUUCGACACCCACACCAACACGCAGAUCGUGCCCCGGCUGCUGUUUGAGAACGAGUACUCCUACACCACCCAGAUAGACUACAACCCCAAGGACCGCCUGCUCUACGCCUGGGACAAUGGGCACCAGGUCACCUACCACGUCAUCUUCGCCUACUGA